AUGGAAAAUUCAGAUGAUGAAAUCAACGAUGAUGACAUAGAGCGGGAAUUUGAGCAUGGAAGCCACAAGCACACGCUACGUGUGCAUCAUGCUCGAGAGCCUUACAAGUGUAACGGUUGCAAGAUGCCGGGGUCUAGAAUAUGCUUCAAGUGUGUCGAUGAACUUUGCCAUUUUCAUCUUCACCCAGCUUGCUUUGCAGCAGAAACCGUUCCCACUCUCCGCCACACUCUCCUCGACGAUUGUGAUUUCGAGUACCACGAAAGCCCCCCUCAAGUCGCUCACCACGGUGGAGAUUUUCCUUACUGUGAUGCAUGUGGAUUAGACAUCUUAGGGUUCAGAUAUCGGUGUUUCACCAAGUCUCAUGGCCUCAACCCUCAUGACCUCCAUCCGACUUGUAUGAAUCUCGAAAAAGAUAUGGAAUACAGAGGUAUAAAGCUGAAACUCAAGAAUAAUGAGGAAUCCAGAUGCUUGCAUUGUGGCGAGAAGUAUCCUACUGAGGGAUGCAUACGUUUUACUGGAUGGAAGUGGGUGGCCAAAGAUGAGAAGCACUGGGACUGGGGUUUUCCUUUCUGCCUUUGGGGUAGGAAAAUUUGUUAUCAUGUCAAAUGCAUGAACGAGAUGCAGGCUCCUGGCUACUCCAGAAAAAAAUAA